UAUUCUUCAAUUGUUUUUACCGAGAGAUAAUUACGAACAAACAAUAAAAUUAACAUUAUUAAUCAUUUUGAACAUAAUUAUAAGGAUCCUCAUUUGGAGGAUCAUCCACUGCCACACAACUGUUUCAUCAUUCAUGAAUAGAAAACCGAAUUGCAAAAUGCGUAGAGAAAAAUCAACUAUAGAGAAAAAUGCAUGCAAAUUGUAAAAUGCAGAGAAAUAAAAAAAGAAGAACAAUCACCCACUGCCAGACACAUAUACAAUGCCCACUGUCACUGGUCAAACCCUAAGAACUUGAAAUUCUAAAUCAAAAAAGAAAAGGAGCUCAUACCCAAAAGACGAAGUUGGGCUACUGAGAGUGAUGAAGAGAUAAAGGCUAAUGUACCAGAGAAGCUAAGCAAGAAGAUGCUGGCAACUUGGGAAGAAAGGAUCUUAGAAGGCCUCAUCGGGCUAAGGAUGCGGACAGGACAGAGAAUGGCAAUGGCUUUUGAUUUCCUUAUUUUGAUGCCUGAAAAGAUACUCUCCAAGCUCGCGAAACAGAAAUGCAAGGAGGAAGCAGUGGCAGCAACAAAGAAGAAGUGGAGACAGCCCACCGACAACGAGUCAAGGACAGGAUUCGUGAAUCAUGAGAAAGGAGGAGAAGUGGAGAACAGCAACAGAGAUCUGCAAUUUGCAAUGAAAUCACAAUUAAAAAGGGGAGUUUUAUUUUUUUUUUUAUUUGGACAUGAGUGUUUCGGCGAAAUUUCCAUGUACCGAUAGAUACAUCAAAUUUCGAUGUUCCAAUCAGUACAUCAAAUUUAUAUCGGUACAUCAAAAUUUAAUUAAUAUUUUGAAAUUUG